AUGGGAAAACGGUGGUCAGGCAUUAAUCGCCACUCGGGCUGCCUACGUCGCACACCAAAUCAACGUAAACGACGCCCAACUGCAAGCCGUGGGAAACUUCACCUACCUGGCAGCACCCUCUCCCGCAACACCAAAAUCGACGAUGAAGCGGCCCCCCGCAUUUCCAAGGCCAGUCAAGCCUUCGGCCGUCUGCGAAACAUAGUUUGGAAUCGAUACGGUCUCCACAUCAGCGCCAAACUGAAGAUGUACAAGGCAGUCAUCCUGCCGACGCUGAUCUAUGGAGAAGAGACCUUGACGGUGUACAAGAAGCAGGCGGGGAGACUCAAUCAUUUCCACCUCAGCUGUGCCCAACGGAUAUUGAAGCUGAGGUGGCAGGACCGGAUUCCGGACACGGAUGUACUGAAUUGGACGGGAAUCCUCAGCAUUAACGCCAUGCUGGGACAGUUGCAAUUGUGUUGGAGCGGCCGCAUCGUACGGAUGGACGACGAGCGGCUACCCAGACGACUCGUCUAUGGAGAUACCACUACGGGUUCCCGCCGACAAGGAGGUCGAAUCCGGCACUAUAAGUAUGCCCUGAAGGCUUCUCUGUGGCGCCUAUAAAUCGAUCCGGCCACCUGGGAAGACUUCGUCCGAGACCGACUACGAAGAGGAGGACAGUGAAGACAGGCGUAGGGAUCUAUGAAGUCAUCUGCAUCACCGCUGACAAAGUCAAACGCGAGGUUUACAAAUCCCAAAUGCGUCCUCCUCGCAACGCCAACGCUCAACCAGCCCUGACCUGCCCACGCUGCCAGUAGACGUUUCGGGCACCAAUCGGCCUUGUAGGACAUCUUCAUAUCAACUGCAGCACCCGAGCUACACCAGCUGUUUUCUCCUCGUCCAACUGUGCCUCAGCCUCCACAUCGACAAAUAACAUUGACCGCGCAUCCGAACCCCCACUACCAUCCUCCUCCCUCUUCUUCUUCUUCUUCUUCUUCUUCUUCUUCUUCUUCUUCUUCUUCCCUUCCGUUGCCUCAACAUUCGCUACGGCGGAUCCUAAACCCACCACCACUGCACACAAUCCUGACACACCAAAAAACAUCAACCCUCCCCCCACCAACAACGCCAGUGAUGUGGACUCUUUCCAUACCUGUCCUCUUUGCGACCGCACCUUCACCCCACGCAUCGGCCUGGUCGGUCACUUGCGAAUCCAUCGCACAGAGACUGGCGAACCAGUGCCUGGAGCACCAACCUACACUCGCCGAAUUCGCCUCCACUGUCCACACUGUCCCCUCACAUCCACCCACUGCAUGGGCCUGUUUUGCCACAUGCGCAUUCAAGAAAACCUGCGGUAG